CACGUUGCACUUGGAUCUAAUACAGUCCUACCCAGUGGUGGCACCGUAAAAGCGUUUUGGAGUGAAAGAGAUAAUGGUGGCACACGUAGGAGUCAUCUCUCUCGGCUCUUGCUUCCCUUCUCUCCGUCGUCUUCCUCGGCCCUGCUCCCCCAAGCACGCACCAUUUGCCAGUACGUACAAAUAUCAUUGCUUGGCAGUGGCCACAAUGAGUGAAGAUCCAGUUCGUGAGUGGAUUCUCUCAGAAGGAAAGGCAACACAGAUAACAAAAAUCAGUUCCAUAGGCGGUGGUUGCAUCAAUCUUGCUAAUCGUUAUGAUACCGAUGCCGGUUCUUUCUUUGUGAAAACAAACAGGAGUAUUGGACCAUCAAUGUUUGAGGCAGAGGCUCUUGGUUUAGGUGCCAUGUAUGAAACCAGAACAAUCCGUGUGCCUAAGCCAUUUAAGGUUGGACCCCUACCUAGGGGUGGUUCCUACAUCAUCAUGGAAUUCAUUGAAUUUGGUUAUUCCAGAGGCAAUCAGUCUGUUCUAGGGAGGAAACUUGCUGAAAUGCAUAAAGCUGGAAAAUCCGAGAAAGGGUUUGGCUUUAAUGUAAAUAACACCAUUGGCAGUACACCACAGAUAAACUCUUGGUCCUUGGAUUGGAUUCAGUUUUAUGGGGAACAUAGAUUGGGUUACCAGUUGAAGUUGGCCCUAGACCAGUAUGGUGAUAGAACCAUUUAUGAAAAAGGACAAAGACUGGUGAAGAGCAUGGGACCUCUCUUUGAAAAUGUGGAGAUAGAGCCGUGCUUGCUACAUGGAGACCUGUGGAGUGGAAAUAUCAGCUCUGAUAACAAUGGCGAGCCUGUUAUACUUGACCCAGCGUGUUACUAUGGACAUAAUGAGGCAGAAUUUGGAAUGUCAUGGUGUGCCGGCUUUGGAGGAUCAUUCUAUAAUGCCUAUUUUGAGGUGAUACCUAAACAGCCAGGCUUUGAGAAGAGGAGAGAUCUUUAUAUGUUGUACCAUUAUUUGAAUCAUUACAACCUCUUUGGUUCCGGCUACCGUUCAUCUGCCAUGUCUAUAAUAGAUGACUAUCUAAGGAUGUUAAAUGCGUAGCAUUGCAUCUAAAAUGAUCAUGAUGUUCAUACACAACAGCACAACAGGGUUAAGUUGCAGAUAUUCUUGUAAGAGAUUUGCUUCAGAUUCAAUUUCUUCA